AUGUUUUCGUUUUUGAAGUUUUUAAAUUCUAAACCGGAUGCUGAUAAGAACAAGGGGCCCAACAGCUUAAAUGGUAAAACAUUAAACCUAAACAGCCCACAUGCCAGGGCUCUUAAUGUUUUUAACAACAAGUCACCCAAAUCAAAUGGAGGUAGAACUUCAUUAAGAUCCAAUUGUAAAGAAACAGUAACUAGUCCGGGAUUUAGUUUUCGUAUAGCUCAAAAAGCUCGGGAAAUGAGAUCAACCACUCCAAACACUGACGUAUCAAAUUUAUCAACAUCCUAUACUCUAGAAAAUAGUUUGAAUGGUAGCAAUACAAUGAAUGGCAAUAAUACAUCAAGAGACGUAUAUGAUAAGAAGCGGAAAUUGAUGGAAACGUUAGAUAAUUUUGGAGGGAGAAAAAGAACUCGGCAAGAGAGCGGUGUUGAUGCAUUUGUUAAUCGACGUCGAAGAACCAUAAGUGAAUCUAAUGCUGUGCCUGAUCGCGUAAUAGUGAUGAAUGGACAUAAUCAUAGAUUUAAUCAACCUACCCCAACAGUAACAAAUUCUUCAAGUGUCAAUGUAGAAAACAAAAAAACUAAACGACAAGGAGAUUUUGGAGUAAACAUUUGUCAUCCACAGAAGAAACCCAGGACUCGGAAUAAUGAAAUAUUGAGCUCCUAUAGUUCUAGCAAGUUUUUAUUAACGCCUGGUCAAAAACGAUCUUAUCCAUCUGAUCAUGAAGAAGAAUCACCAGAUCGUAAGCAUUGUAAAAGCUGUACAUGCUGUGGUUCUACUGUUUUACUUCAAAAUGACCGGAAUAAUUCCAAUAAAAGUGACAAAACCACAGAAACUGACAUGUCUGAUGAUCUAGUAACAGUUGCAGCAAGUCGCAUAUUUAACAGAAGCGGUAAAACCCAGGUUGUUAAGAAAGUAUGUAUGAAAACUAUACUUGAUGAAGUAUUUGACGAUGCGGAUCUUAUACCAUAUACAAGUAUUGAAAAGCUUGAAGAAAAAAGGAAAAAAGCUCAAGAGCAAGUUAUUUCAAUUGAACAGCAUAAUAUUGAUAAGUCCAAUGUGAAAAAUGGCAACCAGUCUGUUGAUUCAGCUGCUUGUGUUCCAUCACCUAUAAUAUCCACAUUUAAUGUAGUACAACCAGCGGCUACUAAUACAUUAUCAACUACUUCACCUAGUGCUACAUUAAACACAACACCUUUAGUACAGUCUACAGUGCCACUAGCAUUUGGUCUUCAACCAUCAGAAAGUACACCAAAAAUUAUUGAAGGAAAUAAAAACAAUACUCCUUUACAAUUUAAUUUCGGUAGUCCAAUAGCUUCUGCAGUAAUAUCUGUUGAGGAAAAUCAUAAAAAGACUAAUGAAGUAGAUGGGAAAGUAAUUGUUGAUCAAACAUCAGAAUCUACAAAUAAUACAUUAGCAAUUAAGACACAAAAUAAUAGUGUAAAUAAUCCUAAUGAACAAAAAGAAUUCCAGUCUUUAGAAAAGAAUAAAAAUAUUAAUGAUAAUUUUCAAAUUGGAGGACAAAAUAGUUUUAAUAAUGAUAAUGAUAAACCUAAACCAUCAUAUCAGUUUACUGUUCCGGCAUCUAAAACAAUUGAAUCCGUUACGAAUUCAUCUACUGAUGUUAGUAAUUGUUCUAAAAUAAAUAAUAGCAAUUUGCAUGUACAAAUUGAUUCUGAAAAGUCAAUAGAUAAUUCAAAGAAAGAAGCAGAAAAAUCAUUAGUAUUUGGAACUAAAAUUGAUAACUUUUCUAAACAAGUACAACCGUCAUUUACAUUUGGAGCACCCAAAGCAGAUGAAAAACAAUCAACACCUGUAAUGCAGUUUGGAGUACUUAAAUCUGAUGAAAAACAAUCAACACCUGUUAUGCAAUUUGGAGUGCCUAAAAUUGAUGAUAAACAAUCAACACCUGUGAUGCAAUUUGGAAUAAAUAAAUCUGACGAAAAACAAUUAACACCUGUAAUGCAAUUUGGAGCGCCCAAAAUUGAUGAUAAACAAUCAACACCUGUAAUGCAAUUUGGUGCAACUAAAGUCAAUGAUAAACAAACAACACCUGUAAUGCAAUUUGGAGUGGCCAAAGUAAAUGAUAAACAAUCAACACCUAAAAUGCCGUUUGAAGCAACAAAAGGGUCAGAAAAUUCAACAUCUACUCAACCAUUAUUUGCAUUUGGUAAUAAUCAAAAAUCUGUAGAAAAUUCAAAACCAACAGAUUCUGUGAAAUUUCAAUUUGGCCCUUUGAAGUGUGAUAGUACACCUGUAACAGAAUCUACAAAUGCGGUUUUCGGGUCGAAUUUACAAAAUAAAAAUCUUUUUAGUUUUGGUAAAACAGAUAAUAUAACCUUGCCUACUGGUAAUCCUCCUAAGUAUGAUGAUACCACUGAAAAAUCAACACCUAAAUUACAAUUUGGUGCUUUGCCAACUCCGGUAUUUGGAGCAUCUACAACAGAUCAAUCAAAGUCUCAAUUUAAUACGUCUGUCAGUCAAUCGGCUAUCAACCAGGGUCCAAAAUUAGUUUUUGGUAGUCAAACAGCCGAAAACAAACCAACAACUUCUGGUAUGGUUUUUGCUAAUAAUACAACAAAUCCCAUGUUUCAAUUUAGCAAUACAGGAUCAAAACUUGGUGAUAAACCUUCUGAGACGCCAAGUGGCUCAUUUCCAUUCGCUUCUAACAAAACUACACCAGCUUUUGGAGCCACAGCUCCACAAGAUUUUAGAGAUAAACCAGCAUUUCAGUUUAAUACACAAAAAACAGAAGAACCAAAAACCCAGUUCUCAACUCCAAGUUUUGGAACUCAAAAUACAAGUGCUCCCUUCAAAUUCGGAGGAAACGAUAAACCUGCUUCUUUUGGAACUACUUUUCCUUCUUCUAAUCAACCAUUACAAUUUACAAAUAAUACUGAAAAAACAGCAGAACCGUUCAAAUUUGGAAGUUCAGUUCAAACGAGUAAUGCAUUUCAAUUUAGUGCCAAUAAGACUGAUAAUGGUCCAGUAAAAUUUGGCCAAGCUACCAGCACAUUUCCAACAUCAGGAUUUAGUGGUUUUGGCAAUUCAGCACCUCAACAAACCACCACAUUUGGUACUGUUCAAACACCGCAGCCAUCUCCAUUUGGCAACAUAACUUCCCCUACGGCUGCACCUACAUUUGGAAGUGUAGCAUCACCUCCAUCUAAUACAUUUGGAACAAAUCAAAGUUUUCAAUUUGGUAGUACAAACCCUGCGCCUACUAGUUCAUCUACAUUUGCCUUUGGCAGUAAUUCACAACCUACUAAACCAGAUGGGGCUUUUAGUUUUAAUGCUGCUUCUACAACUGCUUCGCCAUUCCAAUUUGGCCAAGUCCCAUCACCAUUGUCAACACCACAGUUUGGAGGAACACAACCAAAUCAAGGAUCAUUUGGUUUUGGAUCACCUCCAAUGACCGCAACUGUUAUGCCGGGAUCAAGUCAACCGUUAUUCUCCAUGGGAACAGCUCCUGCCGGUGAAAGACGUAAAGCUAAAGCAGUUAGAAGAAGACAAUAA